GCAUUGUAGGAUAUCUGCGGACAGCGACAUUUGUCUCAGAUACUCACCUUCUUUAUUUUCUUCCCCUCCAAAACCCACCUACUCCAGCAUCCGGAGGCGUCUGCCAAACCAUGAGCGACGACACGAACGGGGUGGCCGUAGGGUCACCCGAACAUUACGCCAUUGGUAUCUCCUUUGGAAAUUCCUACAGUUCGAUAGCACAUAUCUCGGGCGAAGGAAAAGUCGAGGUCAUUGCCAACGAAGAAGGAGAUCGGCAGAUCCCCUCGAUCCUCUCAUACGUUGGGGGAGAAGAGUUUCACGGAACACAAGCAAAAGCCCAGUUGGUCCGUAACAGCAAGAACACAAUCGCAUACUUCAGAGACUUUAUUGGGAAAGACUACAAGUCGAUAGACCCUACACCUUGCCAUGCCUCUGCCCAUCCUCUCGAGAUCGACGGUCAAAUCACGUUUUCCGUACAGGAGAAGGAAGACGAGCAGGAAAAUAAAAUAGCACUGCCGGAAGUUGCGAUACGACAUCUGCGACGGCUCAAGAAUUCUGCAUCCGAUUUUACUGGCAAGACCGUCAAUGCAGCCGUUGUUGCUGUGCCCACAGACACCAGCGAAGAGCAAAAGGCUGCCUUGACCAAAGCUGCGGCAGCCAUCCAAGUUGAAAUUUUACAAUUCAUUCCCGAACCCAUUGCGGCACUACAGGCAUACGAUUCGCGAUCUUCCGAUGCUGCGGCGGACAAAACCGUGGUGGUUGCAGACUUCGGUGGCAACCGAUCCGAUGUCGCCGUUGUCGCUUCAAGAGGUGGAAUGUACAGCAUCCUGGCGACUGCUCAUGACUAUGAAUUGGGUGGGGCUCAACUGGACCAGGUGUUGGCAGAUCACUUCGCCAAAGAAUUUGAGAAAAAGAACAAGACUGAUCCGCGGAAGAACGAAAGGAGUUUGGCCAAGUUGAAGCUGGAGUCUGAAGCUGUGAAGAAGGCUCUCAGUCAAAGUACUAGUGCUGCCUUCAGUGUGGAAAGCCUUGCUGAUGGUGUUGACUUCCGAUCGUCCAUCAACCGAAGUCGUUAUGAGAUACUUGCUUUGAAGACAUUUGGUCGAUUUACCAGGCUCAUCGAGGAAGCCAUCAAAAAAGCUGAUCUCGAUGUGCUUGAUGUCGAUGAAGUUGUCCUGUCUGGCGGCACUUCGCACACGCCGAAGAUCGCGAAGAACGUUGAGGCCAUCUUCCCCGAGACUACUCAAGUUCUGGCACCUACGACCACUCCGUCAGCGUUGAACCCAUCCGAACUUUCUGCAAGAGGGGCUGCCUUGCAAGCUUCCUUGAUCCAGGAGUUUGACAAGGAGGAUAUUGACCAGUCAACGCACGAAAUGGUCACCGUCACACCACACUUGACGGCUGCCAUUGGUUACCAAGUGACUGGACAGCCAGGCGAUUCGAUCUCGGUUAUCAUCCCACCAGACACUGCUGUUCCCGCGCGGAGAACGAAAGUCAUUGAAGGCCUUGAAGGAAAUGUUCUGCUUCGCAUCAGUGAAGGGGAGCGGGAGAUCAAGGUCACGCGGCCAGAACCCAAGGAGAAACCCGAGACGAAUGGCACCAAAGAGGACGAAGAUGAAGAUGACUCUGAUGUUGAUGAGGAUGAUGAACCCGAGGAGAUUCGUGAGAAGAUCUACAAGCCAAAGAAAGUACUGGCCGAAUUUGUCUUCAGAGAUCUUAAGAAGGAAUCGAAGGUAGAAGUCAUGGUCAACGUCGAUGCUGAGAUGUCCAUGUCGAUUACAGCUCGACCUGUUGGUGGCAAAGGCGGUGUCAGAGGCGAGGUCAAGGCUCCGCAGGUCACUUCCAACGGCAGUGCUUGAGCAAGAAGGCAGAUUUGAGGUUUUGGUGGCAUCGGCAUGGCGCGGAGUGAUCAGUCAGUCUUCUGCUUAUGAACCCAAAACAAAAACCGCGAGCGUUUCUCCUAUAGAGUUCAUCAGCUAUGACGAUUCAUGGUCAUGUAUGAUAUCCAUGCGUAGAGACAAGUAUGAGCCACGCGUCAAGGUCUACCUUAUUGUGCCCCUGCAAUCUGCUUUCCAUACAAUUGCCGGCUUGUUUUCGACGGACGGUAUGGGUGGCGUCGGAGCACACUACCGCAAUUGUGGACCACAAGAACAGUGAAGGAUAAAGCA